CGGGUUGUGAGGGGCGGGCUUUCUGUGGUGCGGCCGGCUGGCAGCUAUGGCGGCCGUUCGCGGCCUGCGAGUGUCUGUGAAGGCAGAGGCCCCGGCCGGGCCCCCGGCUUUGGGUCUCCCGUCGCCCGAGGUGGAGUCCGGCUUGGAGCGUGGCGAGCCGGAGCCCAUGGAGGUGGAGGAGGGCGAGUUGGAGAUCGUGCCGGUGCGGCGCUCGCUGAAGGAACUGCUCCCGGACACAAGCAGAAGAUAUGAAAACAAGGCUGGCAGCUUCAUCACUGGAAUCGAUGUUACCUCCAAGGAAGCAAUUGAAAAGAAAGAACAGCGAGCCAAGCGCUUCCACUUUCGAGCAGAAGUAAAUCUUGCCCAGAGAAAUGUAGCCUUGGACCGAGACAUGAUGAAGAAAGCAAUCCCCAAAGUGAGACUGGAGACCAUCUACAUUUGUGGAGUAGAUGAGAUGAGUACCCAGGAUAUCUUUUCCUAUUUUAAAGAAUAUCCUCCAGCUCACAUUGAGUGGUUGGAUGAUACCUCCUGUAAUGUGGUUUGGCUGGAUGAGAUGACAGCCACACGAGCUCUCAUCAAUAUGAGCUCUCUGCCAGCUCAGGAUAAGAUAAGAAGCAGAGAUACCAGUGAAGAUAAGUUGUCUGAGAAGAACAAGAAAGACAAGCAGGAAGACAGUUCAGAUGACGACGAGACUGAAGAAGGAGAAGUUGAAGAUGAGAAUUCAAGUGAUGUAGAGUUGGACACAUUGUCUCAGGUAGAAGAAGAGUCUCUGUUAAGAAAUGAUCUUCGUCCAGCUAACAAACUUGCUAAAGGAAAUAGGCUAUUCAUGAGAUUUGCUACAAAAGAUGACAAAAAGGAACUUGGAGCAGCCAGAAGAAGUCAAUAUUAUAUGAAAUAUGGAAAUCCAAAUUAUGGAGGCAUGAAAGGAAUUCUUAGCAAUUCAUGGAAGCGAAGAUAUCAUUCCCGUCGCAUUCAGCGGGAUGUGAUCAAGAAGAGAGCCCUGAUUGGGGAUGACGUUGGCUUGACGUCGUAUAAACACCGACAUUCCGGAUUAGUGAAUGUUCCUGAGGAACCCAUUGAAGAAGAGGAAGAGGAAGAGGAGGACCAAGACAUGGAUGCAGAUGACAGGGUUGUGGUGGAGUACCAUGAGGAGCUCCCAGCUCUCAAGCAGUCCCAUGAGCGGAGUGUGUCUAGGCGGUCCAGUGCGAGCAGCUCAGACUCAGAUGAGAUGGACUAUGAUCUAGAACUGAAGAUGAUUUCCACUCCUUCCCCAAAGAAAAGCAUGAAAAUGACCAUGUAUGCAGAUGAAGUGGAAUCUCAGUUGAAAAGUAUUAGGAACUCUAUGAGGGCAGACAGUAUAUCCACAAGCAAUAUAAAAAACCGAAUUGGUAGCAAAUUGCCGCCUGAGAAAUUUUCAGAUGUUCGACACCUCUUAGAUGAAAAGCGUCAGCACUCGUGUCCACGGCCAGCGAUUGGCAGUACUAAACCAGAUAUUCGUCAGCGGUUAGGAAAAAGACCAUAUUCUCCAGAAAAGGCUUUUAGUAGUAAUCAAGUGAUUCGGAGAGAGCCCUCUUCAGAUGUACAUAGUAGGCUAGGUGUUCCCAGACAAGAUGUUAAAGGCCUCUACUCUGAUACUCGGGAGAGGAAAUCAGGUGGUUUAUGGACUCGCUUAGGAUCUACACCCAAGACCAAAGAAAAGAACACGAAGAAAGUGGAUCACAGGCCGUCUGGUGCUGAGGAAGAUGACUCGGAGCUUCAGAGGGCAUGGGGUGCUUUGAUUAAGGAGAAAGAACAGUCUCGCCAGAAAAAGAGUCGGCUAGAUAGCUUGCCAUCGCUCCAGAUUGAAGUCAGCCGGGAAAGUAGCUCUGGUUCAGAGGCAGAGUCCUGAUGCCCUGGCCUUGGCAGCUGCCCUCAAAUCUGACAUUCUUACAUAGGGUGGGGCACACAGUAGGAACCUCCCUUGCAGAAGUUGGCGCCCUUCCCUCCUACCUGCACCCUGAACUCUUGCUGUCCCAUGGGCAGCUUUAGAGUGUGAUGAGUGUUGCAGGGCGUCUCUGUCUCGUGCUGCAGAGCUACAGUUCUGGGCCCUCAGUCUUCUCCCCACCACCCCACAAGCUUUACCCUUGGAGAAAAGGCAACCCUCCAGAUUUUGUAGAGGUUUUCUUAAUAUUUUUAACAUUGUGUCUUUUAAAAGAAAUGUUUUACACAGUUCAUCCAAAGAGCAGAGAACUGAACUUCUCACUGUUGCCUUGGCCCUGACAGCUCUUGCCAGCACCCUUUUCCCAAGAAAAGUCAGUUUCCAGGUGCUUAUUGGACAGUCUUUGAGGGGGAAGAUGAGGGACGCUGCCAGCCCAGCCUUCCAGCACCUUAGUGUGGGGGCUGAAUCUCAGACCUGACCUGAGCUGCGUCUGCCCUCCCGGGUAGAUAGAGCUGUAGCAACAAUGGCUUCCAUUCCUCCCUGGGGAGUUUCUCUUAGGACCUUUUAUUGGCUGUUAGCCUGAUGGGAAGACCUAGGUCAGUGCUGUGGGACUUCUAGGGACAAACUACUGUGACUUCUGGAUUUGGAGUUGAUUUCUGUGCUUAGGGAUGGGGUCUUGGGUUAAUGUUGAACACUUUUUAAGUCUGUAUUAUGUUUAAAGACUAUUAAUGACUUAAAAGUUUAAAUUCUUAAUUUUUAUAUGUGGAUAUUCCUCCUGUUGGCUACAGGGGAAGCUCAAGUGGUGUCUCUUGUGUUGUUAAAUAUACAUCAUAUACUUUGGAAGAAGGCAGAGGGGAGUCUCUUUAUUUUGAAUGAUACUAGUCGUAUGGUCUGUUGUACAUGAGUUCAACUUGCUUUGUGGCCACUGUAGGAAAAACUGUCUGUCUGCAAUGGAUUCUUGUUCAUUACACUUUUCUAGAAGGGAUGGGUUGAUAAUUCAUUCUUUCUGUCUCUGACUUGUCACUGAAGACUUAUUCAAAACUAGCAAAUAAGAUAAUAGUUUCAGAAAAUUUUAGUUUAUUUUUAAUCUUUCAAAUUAUUUUACCAUGCAAAGGCAA